CAUUCUCGUCUGCACCCCACUUCAUCACUCCGGCGGCACAUCUCGAGCGCUCUAUCUCGCUCCGUGUCACAAAUCGGCGGCAGCGCGGCAAGACCCCGGUCCCGUCUCAUUUUCCUUCGCAGGCACCGCACGAACAUAAGGAAGAGUCAAAACCGGGACCUUGACCAAGAGGACGCCGGCGUUUUUUCACCACUUUCGCUCGCCCAUCCUCCCUUUCCCUUGCGUCCCUUCCUCCUUCAUUCACUACCUGUACUCUGGGAUUAACACGACUUAAAUUUCAAUCAGCCGGCAACCCGGGCGACAGAGGCGGCAGACAGAACGCCGCAGCUGUCGAGAUCGAGCCGACCGGGGGGGCGGCCGCCGGGAGGGGAGAGAGAGUGAAGAGGAAGAGGAGGGGAGAAGAAGGGGGAGAGAGCGAUGGGUGUUGUUCCGACGCCGAGUUGAGUGUUGCCAAGAUGGAGAUGUGACGGUUCAGGACUUGCAGGUGGAAUGAUCGGGAGAACGAGGUUUCUCGCCAUCGUGCCCUCUCUCCAAGGUCAUCGAGUGGAGAAUUCGCAAAUGCGGCGAAGGAGGACGCCACUGUCGCCCGGCGGAAGUCGUUCCAGGAACUAGAGGAAGUCGCCGUGCCAAGGAAUGGAGAGAAGGCCCGAGAGAGCCAUGAAUAAAUAAGCGGGGCGACGGCCGGGAUGCGUGAGGAUGGAGAAGUGAGGGGGGCCAGGAAGAGAGGUAAACAUCGCUGGAUUCCGAUCCUGGGAGAACUCAAGCCUUCAGAAAAUCGACAGAUCCAAAGUCGUAUUGUCUUCGAAAGGAUUUAAAGUGGAUUCUUCGACCGAGGUCUUCUUCUCGGAAUACUGGGAUUUAGCCAGAGUUUUCCAGCGUCUGUAUUCCUACGUAGACGCUUAAGAGGAUAUUGUGGAAUUUCUUACACCUGACUGGCUUUCUCACCACGACACAUAUACGCAAAGCUCUCUGUGAGCAAUACCGACAAGUUCUCGUCUAAUCGGGCAAAAGGAUCGAAAAGCACCAGCAGGAGAUGUGCUGAACACAAAAAAAGCACAAACACACACAUACAAAUUAGACAACAUGUGGAGCUGAUUCCAGUUGUUGCGCACAGACAAACAAGGUCUGUGGAUCGCCUGGCUUUCUACCAUGCCUGCCCCCCCAACCCUAAAGCACACCAGACAGAAGCACCAUCCUGACAUACAUCCCCGCCCUGAGAGACAGGCAAAACAUUGCGCCUUUCCUCCAUCUGUCAUCUCACUUCCUCAGCACGCCCACCUGCCGUCAUCUCUGCCCUCCUUAUCCCAUUUGAUCCCCUGCCCCUGCCCGGGAAGCUCAAAAAGGACACUUCCAAUCCCGGCGUUUCACUGGCUAACUCUGGUCACAUGCUGCCUGCUACCCCCUCUGAUUGGAGCAGGGGAGACCUGGGGCGUGGUGUCGGCCUGUCCUUUCCAUUGCGUGUGUCGGAACCUUUCCGAAUCCCUCAGCACGCUGUGCGCCGACAAGGGUCUCCUGUUUGUGCCCCCGCACGUUGACCGGCGGACCGUCGAGCUGCGGCUCGCGGACAACUUCAUCACCGAAGUGGGAGGAGCAGACUUUGUCAACAUGAGCGGAUUGGUCGAUUUAACUCUGUCCAGAAACACCAUACACCUGAUUCGACCGAUGGCCUUUGCCGAUCUGGAGAGUCUGCGCUCGUUGCAUCUGGAUGGAAACCGUUUAACAAUAGUAGGCCCAAGGGACUUGGCUGGGUUAGUCAAUCUACAACAUCUGAUUGUCAAUAACAAUCAGUUGGUCAAAGUGUCUGUACAAGCAUUUGAUGACUUCUUACUCACAUUAGAGGAUCUUGACAUGUCUUACAACAACCUCCGAAAGGUACCGUGGGAAUCCAUUCAGAACAUGGCCAGUUUGCACACUCUAAACCUGGACCACAACCUCAUAGACCACAUCGCAGAGGGGGUUUUCGGAGAGUUGUACAAGCUCGCUAGGCUGGAUAUGACCUCCAACCGGCUCAGGACCUUGCCACCUGACCCACUCUUUGCAAGGUCCCAAACAGGUGCGAUAAGCCCCACCCCUUACAACGCUGUCAUCAGUCUGAAUUUCGGGGGAAAUCCUCUGCACUGCAACUGUGAAUUGCUGUGGCUACGACGGCUUAUCCGCAGUGACGACAUGGAGACCUGCGCCACGCCACUCCACCUGGCUGGAAGGUAUUUCUGGUCGAUUCCUGAGGAGGAGUUUACAUGCGAGCCUCCUCUCAUUACCCGUCACACUCACAAGCUUUGGGUGCUGGAAGGCCAGAGGGCCACACUCAAGUGCCGUGCCAUCGGAGACCCGGAGCCGGUGGUGCACUGGGUGUCACCGGACGAUCGCAUCAUCGCUAACUCCUCCCGGACAAGCUCCUUCAACAACGGCACUUUGGAUAUUAUAGUGACGGUUGCUCGGGACGACGGGGCAUACACGUGCAUCGCCAUAAACGCAGCCGGCGAAGCAACCGCAACAGUAGACCUGAAAAUAAUCCCCCUUCCUCACCGGGGCGGGAACAACAACGUGAACAAUAAGAACAACAGGAAUGUAACCAAUGGGAUUAUACGAACUGAUCCGGGAUCUUCCGAUAUUAGCACCGGUAAAGGAAUAAACAACGGCGCGGGGCGCGGAGGUGAAGCGGAGGACGGGAAAACAGGUGGCAAUGAAGACGGGGGCGACGACGAAGUGGCGGCGGAGGACGACGACGAGGAUGAAGACAGCAGGAUGGUUGGAGUACAAGGAGUAACGUCCACCUCGGCUCAGGUCCGUUGGGAUUUGGGACGCUUGUCUGGAGCUUACGCUGUUUGGAUGUAUCAGAUACAGUACAACUGCACGGCUGAUGAAACCCUCAUCUACAGGAUCCUGCCGUCCACCAGCGACCGCUUCCUGUUGAAGAACCUGGUCUCCGGGGUGGAUUAUAACUUGUGCGUGCUGGCCAUUUUUGACGACUCCAUCACAGCGCUGGCGGCGACCAAAAUCCUGGGCUGCACCACCUUCUCCACCAAGGACGUUUACCCUGCUUGCAGCUCUCUGCAGGCUCACUUCUUGGGAGGAACCCUGACUAUUUUAGUAGGCGGCGUGGUGGUGGUAACCCUCCUGGUGUUCACCGUCGCCUUGAUGGUUCGCCAUCGGGUGUGCGACCAUUCAGACCACGCGCUUUGUCGCAACGGCAAUGCGGAGGCAGGAGUCGGCAUCUGCGGUCAGGGGGUCGGGGUGCCGGCCCGGGAUAAAGCGGGAGAUGCCGGCGGGUGCUACCAGGCCAACGGGUCUGGCGACAUGAUGAUGGUAGUCCUACCUAACGGUCUGCCUUCUAAGAGAACGGGAGAAAGCGAGAAGGAGAAGGAGCCGGCCGAUUGCGCUUCUCCUCUGCCGCCAAAACUUCCCCCGAAGCCGAGGUUCAAGCCAAAAGUCAAUUUGGAGCAGUUCCUUUCAGCUGGAGGUGUGGUUUCCACCAUGGCGGGUACGGGAGGAGAGAUGGCCUUGGUGGUGCGGCAGAGGAAGCUGGACAAAGCGCCGCCGUACAGUGCGGAAACACUUCUGGACUAUCCGCCCUCUAUCUCGUCCACCCUGCCGCGCCAGUCGCGCUUUAGGGAAAGCCCCAAACCUCGCUUGGAGCGAGAGCUGACCACCCGUGCCAGCUUCUCCCUGGCGGCACCCCUGAGAGACUCCGAUAUGCUGACCUGGAGGAUUAAUUCACCCGGAAGGGACAAAUGGAAUUCCUCCCAGGCUUAUCAGAGCCCUGUUUCCCCUCUCGACCCCGCCCGCGGGACAGUCAGCAAGCGCCGCCACUCGCUGGACAUGGGCUCCUCUGUCGCCCUCGCGACCGACGCGGCCGCGUCCGUGGCUAAACGCUACGGCGCCAUCAGCUACGCCAAACGGCUCAGCGUCAUCUGGACCAGGCGAAGCCAGUCGCUUCACGGAAUGCUGGUUCAAUGCGCGUCCAACGCUAGCACCGGCUCCUCCAACACCAGCGACGAGGGCGAGCGCGCCGGGCCGUUCGGGUGCGAUUUUCAACGCGGAUACAUCCACGCUUACAACACCACCAACUCCAACUCGAACACCGCCGGAAGAGAGAAAAGCAAAAGCGGAAGGCGCGCGGACGAGCUGGAGGAAAGCGUCGUGUAGAAUGUCAGCAGAGAGCGGCCGACGCUAAUGACAGAAGGAAGAUUGUAUUUAACGUGAAAUGGAUUUCCAUAUAAAAACCAUCAUACAGCUUUGGAAGUUCUGGCCUUGACACAAAAGUUCCGAGUCGACAAAAGUAAACAAUCCGAGGGAUAGAGCUCAGCGGGGAUCGAGGAAAAGCCUCGACACUAAUAGAACCUGCUUCGUCCCACGCAGCAACACAAAGGUUUGCACUGGAUCAAGUACCAUCACAGCACUGGAUCAACACAGCAGGGGGUUGUGGGAGGGCAAAAAAAAAUGACUUUUUCCAAAUGGUUUUCGGACUCAGCCAGACAAAGAAUGUGACUUCUACGCGUCCUCCACGGCUGAACUUUGGCCAGCCGUGCCUUGGGAUUAUAGGAGCAUAAAUAAAGAGUCGGGCGCCCGCCACGAGCCGUCGAUGCGUGUCGGCGCGUUAUUAAACAACGGCGGUCGAUACGGAUUACAAAAAUGGACGAUGGAACUUUUCCCGGUGACGAGAACCUGCUCUGCUGUUUCUGGUGUGCAUGCAAAGGAAGCAUCACGGACAGGAUGUGUCACUGUGCCUGUUUGUUUGUGUGCGCAUAUGUGAGGAGUUUUCCAGUCGAGCACCUCUGUUCCCGUCACACGUGGUUGUUUUCUCGCAAAAUGAAGGAUUCGGAUUAGGAAAGAGAGGCAGCGAGAACCAAAAGUGGUAUUUGCUAUGUGGCAAAAUGGAUUUUGCCAUGUGGCAUUUUUUUGCCAUGUGGCAUUUUUCCGGCCAUGUGGCGAAUUUGAUUUUGCAUUGUGGCAUUUCCUUGCCAUGUAGCAAAAUAGAUUCUGCCAUGUGGCAUUUUUUUUUUGCCAUGUGGCAAAAUGGAUUUUGCCAUGUGGCAUUUUUUUGCCAUGUGGCAUUUUUUCUACCAUGUGGCAAAAUUGAUUUUGCCAUGCGCCAUUUUUUCUACCAUGUGGCAAAAUUUAUUUUGCCAUGUGGCAUUUUUUUGCCAUGUGGCAUUUUACCUGCCAUGUGGCAAAAUUGAUUUUGCACUGUGGCAUUUCCUUGCGAUUGGCAAAAUGGAUUUUGCUCUACUGCGUUUUUUUUUUUUUUUGCCAUGUGGCAAAAUAGAUUUUGCCAUGUAGCAUUUCUUUUGCAAUGUUGCAAAAUUGAUUUUGACAUGUGGCAUUUUUCUUGCCAUAUGGCAAAAGUGAUUUUACAUUGUGGCAUUUCCUUGCCAUGUAGCAAAAUGGAUUCUGCCAUGUGGCAUUUUUUUGUCAUGUGGCAUGUUUUUUCCAUGUGGCAAAACUGAUUUUGUCAUGUGGUAUUUCUUUUGCAAUGUUGCAAAAUUGAUUUUGCCAUGUGGCAUUUCUUUUGCCAUGCGGCAUUUUUCUUGCCUUAUGGCAAAUUUGAUUUUGCACUGUGGCAUUUCUUUGCCUUGUGGCAAAAUGGAUUUUGCCAUUUGGCAUUUUUUUCUAUGUGGCAUUUUUUUCUACCAUGUGGCAAAAUUAAUUUUGCCAUGUGGCAUUCUUUUUUGCCAUGUGGCAUUUUUCAUGCCAUGUGGCAUUUUCUUUUGCCAUGUGGCAUUUUUCUUACCAUUUGGCAAAAUUGAUUUUGCCAUGUGGCAUGUUUUUGCCAUGUGGCAUUUUUUUUGCCAUGUGGCAAAAUUGCUUUUGCCAUGUGGCAUUUUUCUGCCAAGUUGCAUUUUUCUACUAUGAGGCAAAAUUGAUUUUGCCAUGUGGCAUUUUUUCUACCAUGAGGCAAAACUGAUUUUGCCAUGUGGCAUUUUUUCUACCAUGUGGCAAAAUGGAUUUUGUCAUGUGACAUUUUUUGGGGGGGUAUGUGGCAAAAUGGAUUUUGGUUUGUGGCGUUUUUUCACAUCCAUGCCAUUGACGGUCAUGCACGUCCAAAUUUUCCAUCCAUUUUAAAAGGUAGAAAAAUGUGUGGCUGUGUUUUUUGGCCAUCCACUUACCAUUACAGCACAUUCAACGGCCACCCAAGUCAGGCUACGGCAUUGACAAAAUUGCUAUGGUAUGGCAAAAUCCGAUUUGCCACGUGGCAAAAAAAAUGCCACAUAGCAAAAAAAAAAAAAAAAAGACAAAUGGCAAAUAUUACUUUUGGUUCUCGGCCCUGCUGAUAGGAAAAGCGACACUGAAUCUAUCACAAUUUUUGCAGUCUGGACUGAAAGUCAUCAUAUGAACUAUAGAGAUGUUUUUUGUUACUUGGUGGCACACAAACACUCCAUCUAAAUGGCAAACGAGAGAGAAACCAAUCAGUCAGAAGUUAACGAGUACAUAUAUAUGGUAUAUGGAUAUACUGUAUAUAUAUACACAUCGAAAUAAUUGUAUUUGUUGCACUAUGUGUUUCUCUUCUUCGGAAUUCUCCGGGAAUUACGUCAAGAUUAAAAAAAAAAAGUGACACUAUUGUGACACAAGGACGACUUUGUCAUCUUGUAGGCAUUCAAUAAAAGAUCAAAAGCAAAGUACACAAAGUGCAAAACACAAAGGGAGAUUCCUUUGAAAAUAAAUAUGAGAUAAAUGCUAACUUUUAAACAUUACUGUUGUUCCCUUGCUUUAUUUCGUUUUGCCAAAGUCUAUAUUGUUCUCUUGAAAUGAUAUGAAUAAAAACUGUAUGUACCGAA